GGCCCGCGGACCGUGCGCCCCGGGAGUCUGCCCUCAGCGCGAUCCGCGCCCACUGCCCCCCGCAGCCUCCGCCGGCCCCUCGAGCCCAACUCCGGAGCUGCCGCUGCCGCUGCCGGGACAUGGUCCUUUGCGUUCAGGGACCUUGUCCUUUGCUGGCUGUGGAGCAGAUUGGGCAGCGGCCCCUGUGGGCCCAGUCCCUGGAACUGCCUGAGCCAGCUAUGCAGCCUUUACCUGCUGGGGCCUUGCUGGAAGAAGUAGCAGAGGAGACUCCAGCCAGGCCAGAGAGUGAGCCCAAGGAACUGGACCCCGAAGAGGAUCUGCUGUGCAUAGCCAAGACCUUUUCCUAUCUUCGGGAAUCUGGCUGGUAUUGGGGUUCCAUUACGGCCAGCGAGGCCCGGCAACACCUGCAGAAGAUGCCAGAAGGCACAUUCCUAGUCCGUGACAGCACUCACCCCAGCUAUCUGUUCACGCUGUCAGUCAAAACCACCCGUGGUCCCACCAACGUGCGCAUUGAGUAUGCCGACUCCAGCUUCCGCCUGGACUCCAACUGCCUGUCCAGGCCGCGCAUCCUGGCCUUCCCAGAUGUGGUCAGCCUUGUACAGCACUAUGUAGCUUCCUGUGCUGCUGACACCCGAAGCGACAGCCCUGACCCUGCCCCCAGCCCGGCCCUGCCUACUCCUAAGGAAGAUGCUCCCAGUGACCCAGCACUGCCUGCCCCUAUGGCCACUGCUGUGCACCUAAAACUGGUGCAGCCCUUUGUGCGCAGAAGCAGUGCCCGAAGCCUGCAGCACCUGUGCCGCCUUGUCAUCAACCGUCUGGUGACCGACGUGGACUGCCUGCCACUGCCGCGGCGCAUGGCUGACUACCUCCGACAGUACCCUUUCCAGCUCUGACCCAGCCGAGCAUUCACCUUGCCCCACCCAGCCAUACCAUGGAGGGGACACGGGCCCCAGCUGUACGUGGGCUCCCACUAUCUCUCCAAUUAUCCUGGUGCCUGCAUGCAUCUGGCAGCUGGAUCAGGAAGAGCCAGAGGAACAAGGCUGGGGGCGAGGGGUAGUGCGAAAUUUCAUAACUUGGAGGUCGUGCUCCCAGUUCCCCUAUAGUUCCACGUGGUAAGCCAUGUGUCAGAAGAAAGGGAGAUAGGCAGGACCUUGUCUCACCCUGUGGGCUGGGCCUGCCCUGGCCUCCUGAACUGUACAGACUUUCCCAGCCUGGUUUUUCAGUCCACAGGGUGGGGCAGGUCCCCUCCUUCCAGCUGGCCUCUCUGGAUAGCAGCCAGAGAACUGAGGUUGAUGGUGGCAGUCCCCUGGUAGGGGAGCAGGCCAGACUGGGGAGCUGCACAGUAAUACAGUAUUUAUUUAUUUAUUCUUGUUGGCAUUGGUCUUGGGAUCAGCCAACCCCACCUCCCUGCCCUGACUGCUGAGUGUUCAGAGACCUCAGCUUCUCUGGUUCCUCCCUUUGGAGAGCCCAUCCUGAGAUGUGUAGCUGAAUCCGAGGCAGACCUGGAUGUCCUGGAGCUGACCCACCCACCUGUGAAUUUGUCCUCUUCUGCCCCCAGCCCGGUUUUAGGAGGAUGGGCCAAUGGACAAGAAUAUGGAGCAAAAGUAUAUGCCUCCAGCAGAGCCUGCUGCCUACCCCUUUGCAGGGCAGAGCCCUGUCUGUAGAGAGCUGGUCUCGCUGUGGCUCAGGUCCUGAGGGAGUGUGUGUGUGUAUGGCAGGAAGGGGGGUGCUAGUUCUAGGGCUGCUGACCAGCCCUCCUGGGUCCACUUCCUGGCCGGGAAGUUACCUGCACGUGAGAUAGGGAAAGAAAUACAGAUCUGAUAAUACUUUAUAAAAUAAUUAUUAUAGCAGAAAAACAGUUUGGUCAUCUUUUUUCUUCCACUGACUUUUCUUAAUGACAAUAAAAUUGUACCUUUUGUUUAUGGAGCUGUCGGUGGGGCCUCUUUUGAGUUCUGUCCACCAUUUGUCCUCUUUGAUGUUAUUAUCGUUAUCCCCCACCUUAUGUCUGUGUCAGCCGAGGCCUUACGUGGCUGAGCAGGCUGUGUUUGGGAAGGCGGGUGUACUGACUGAAGGCUGGAGGGGCAGGAAGCAGUCUUUCUCCUCUCAGUUUCUCUGGGAGAUGGCAGGCAGGAAGGUAGAGUUCAGCUGAACUGCCUGCAGAGUUACCGCCUGGGCCCUUUCCAGGUACAGGGCAGUGACAAAGGGGCGCCUCACCUGAGAGCUGUGUAAACAGGGGAUGCCAAUUAAAGAUUGAAAGUGGAGAAUUCUGGGGGAGGGAUGCUGUGGCCCACUCCCGGGGCAGCAUCUUUUGAGGUAAGGAGGCCAACAGUCAGAGAAGUCCGGACGGGUCUCUCAGGGAGAAGGUACAGGAAGUGUGAAGAUCCCAGGGCGUGAUUGGGAAGCUCAUAUUCCUGACCACAGGGAGGUUUCAGGAGGCCUCAUUCUAUGCAGAGGGGCAAAACAGUUGAGUGGGGGACAGUGGCCAGUAAACUGGCAGGUAGGCCUAAAGUUGGAGCUGUUAAUGUUCUGGCUGAGUCUGGCUGGGGUUGGGGGAACCUCUCUUCCCACUCAGGCCCUUGCACACCAGAAGUGGGUGCAAGAGCUCUCUCUACUCUCUGAUGAAAUGGAAAUGAAAACUCUUCAUUAUCUCAUGGUCUGAUUUUAGAACACUUCAGCUCCUGGAAUGCCGCUGUAUCCUGAAGUUUUUGGCACCUUUGCCUGAAUGCCACACAGAAAAGCUCCUCAGAACCUCAUUCAUAGCCUCUGACCUUUAUUUUGGAAAUGGUUCUAACCAUCCUCUUUUCUAAGUCCUUAGACAAAUGAGAAGAGGCAAAUGCUGGCAGAUUGAGAGCAGGAAGCUAUGAGGAGUGACAUGUUGAUGACAAGAAGGAGGCAGGCAAGGAUAAAAAGAAUUAUGAGGCCCGGGACACGGGGACAUGGAGAUAAUUGUGGCAAAAAUGGAGCUGAUUUGGGGUGAGAUUGAGCAAGAUGUGGGUGAGGGAGUGAGGGCUUUCUUCACCAGGAAUGAUGCCCAGGCACAGGUGUCUAGCUUGGCACCUUCCCUGUUGCUGGCUGCAGGACCUGACAGCACGUCUUCCAGGUCACCCUGGCCCUGCCAGGGAUGUCGUGCUUCUUUGGUUCCUCAUUCCUUCAGCAUGAAUCUCAUCCCUCUGUGACUCUCAAAAUGCCUGAGAUGACCCCUCCAUCCCCACAUCUGAGUCAUCUCCUAUAUGGGCGGCAGACACAGAGGGCCACCAGAGGCAGGCUGUUCCCUCACUGGUGCCAUGACCUGGACAAAAAGUUGCUGUCGGAAGAGGAAGUGCAGAAAACUCUAUUGACACAGAAAGGCAGAUGUCUCCAGGUGCCUGCUAGGUGCUGGCACUGGACAAGGACUUUUAUACCUCAUGAGGUGCUCACCACCUGGGAAUAGGUCUAAAUAUUACCCAUAUUCCAUGGAUGAGAAAACUGAGGCCCAGAGAGGGCAAAGGACUAGUUGAAGAAAUGUUACCAAAAAAAAAAGAAGUGAGUUACAGAGCUAACCCUGAGGCGUCCUGAUUGCCCAGCUGCCCCUGGACUGCCACAUGGUGGGUGAUAGCCUCCAAGCAAGUUACUCAUGGACACUGUAUUAUACCCCUGCCUCCUUGCCUGCUAAAGGCUCUGGGGUCAUUGGCCUGCCCAUCAGGGUUCUAUCCACCCUCACCCUUGGCUGAGCUCAAGCCAGCAUCAGAUCUGACCUGGGGAGUGGCUGCCAGCCACUUCUGACCCCUGACAGUUUUUCUGCUUCAAUCUUCUUUUCAUAUUUCCCUAUCAGGGGAGUGAGUGGUGCAGCCUAGAACAGGAGCAGUGGAGAGUGUGUCAUGGAGCCUGAGACCCAGUCAGAGACCCUGUCUAACAGCUCCAGACAAUGCAAUCAACUCUGGCAUGCCCUGCCAGAUCUGGCCACAGAGAAAUAGGAGAGCUGUCUAGUGGAUGCAGGGGACCCUACAACCGACAGGCAGGAACAGAUGGUGGCUGUGCACCCAUCAAGUUUUCUGGCACACAUGCUCCUGGGCACCAAAUGGACCAGAAUCCAUCUGGGGACACAGCAAAGAACAAGACAGUCAUGGUCCCCAUCCUCAGGAGGCUCCUGGGCUGGUGGGUGAGAGACAAACAAGUGAACAGGACAAGUUUUGAGAGUGUAAAGAGAGCAAAGUAGGGGCAGGGCAAAUGUGGCUUUGGGUUUGGGGACACUGUCACAGCUGAGGGGCAGGGAAGCAUAGUGGCAUCAAGCCUGGACGGCUGAGCAAAGAACAGAAGUUGGCUAUGCAGACAACUUCGGGAAAGGCUCUGAAGCAGGGACAUACUUGGCAUGAUCAGAAGGAAGGAAGGAGUCAGGCAUGGCUGCCCGGGCGGGCUAAGGGACAGACGAAGGGUGGAAAGGCAGAGGGGCCAUGGAUUUCAUUCUGGUGUGGUGGAGGUUCUUGGGCCUCUAGAGUUUAACAGGGAAAUGUGAUGACCUAAUACUCAUUUCAAAGGGGUGAACCUGUGAGCUGGGUGAGAAUGGACCCAGGAGGCCUUGGGGACAGGAAGUCAGAAAGGAAUUUUGAGAAGUCUAGGCUAUGGUGGGGAGCAGGAGAAGAUGAAGGCUGCAACUUCAUUAUCCUGGGUACUGGGUGGGGUUUGUGCCCCUUGAGUUCUCCCUGAAGCCUCGCAAGCCAGAGGAGGCUGUCCCCAUUGACAGCUGCAGAGGUAAGACUGAGAGAAGUGGUAGCUUUUUCAGGGUUGCGCAUGUUGCAAAGAGCAGAGUCAGGGUUCAAGCCCUGAUUUGGGACCUUGUACAUGUAACCACCACUCUGCUCUGACAUACAAAAGCUGUGGCACCACAGGGUACUGAGGGCGUGCAAAAGGGGUGCGAGUUACACCAGGGCUUUCUGGAGGAGGAGGACUGGAGCUGAGCCAGGCCAGGGCAGCUAGGGGAGAGGCUGACCCUGUAUAAUGUCUCUCCCUGGGCUCAGUGCCCCGAGGUCAUCUCGUUUCCUCUUAUUCAUGAAGUUCUUGCAGGGGUGCUUAAACCAUCACCACUGAGAAUUCUCACCUCCCCUGGAUCUGUGGGAGCCCUGCACCUGGGACUAGUUUUUAAUCUGCCAACUCAAGAAAUCCUGAAAUGCUGAGGCAGUGUGGGGCCAGAGCAGAGCUGGGCAGGCGCCUCUCACCUAUGGGAACCCUCUUGACCUGUUUAGCUGCCCAAGGAAGUGGAGGGGCAAGGGUCCUGAAAUAAGGCUGACCAGGAGAGUCAGAGGACUUUGGGUACCUUACAAAGGGUCCUCUUCCUCCAGGAGAAGUGGAUCCAGUGCAGGCCUGGGCAGCUCUUUCGCACCAACCUGUUAUACCAGUUUUACUAUGAAGCAGGUUUAAACUUUGCCAGAAAUUCAGCAACCUCCCAUGGUGAAUGCAUCAUCCCCAACCCUAACUCAGGGUCCAGAGCUCCUUCCCCAGAUUAUACGGCAUAGCCUGCUACCCAAAAGG